CGUGUGGGUAAAUUAUCAUCUGUAGAGCUGAAGAGCGACGUGACGGGAGUGCGAUACUAUUACGAAACCAGGCACGAAUUAAAGGUCAGGUGUAGACGCCCGUUUUGUUUUUUUAUUUUUCCAUUCCUUUAUCACUCCGGUUGUGGCAUACUCCAAGGUUGAAACUGAACUUUGGACUCUUCUCUUUUUGAGUUCAGCGCUCAGAUCUAAUCCACGAAUCCUCUUAGAUAAGUGUAUUAGAGGCAAAAUGGGUGAAUGGGGAUUUUUGUCCAAGCUGCUGGAUAAGGUGCAGUCGCACUCCACUGUCAUCGGGAAGGUAUGGAUGACCGUGCUCUUCGUCUUCAGGAUCAUGGUCAUCGGAGCUGGAGCAGAGAAAGUGUGGGGGGACGAGCAGAGUAAAAUGGUGUGCAAUACCAAACAACCAGGUUGUACCAAUGUGUGCUACGAUCAAGCGUUCCCCAUUUCCCACAUCCGCUUCUGGACCAUGCAGAUCAUCUUUGUGUCCACUCCGACACUCAUGUACCUUGGUCACGUCAUGCACAUCAUCCAUAAGGAAAAGAAGCUCAGGAAGUAUCUCCAGAACCAAGCUAAUGGUCAGGGCGUCAAACAGCCCAAAUACACCAACGAGAAGGGGAAAGUGGAAAUUAAAGGUGACUUAUUGGCUAGUUACUUGACCAGUGUGAUCUUUAAGAUCUUGCUUGAAGCAGCAUUUAUAGUAGGCCAGUACUAUCUGUAUGGUUUCGUGAUGAUCCCUAAAAUCGUAUGCACUCGAUACCCGUGUCCCUACACUGUAGAGUGCUUCAUGUCUCGUCCCACUGAGAAAACUGUCUUCAUCAUCUUCAUGCUGAUCGUGUCCUGUGUGUCUUUGCUGCUGAACGUUAUUGAGAUGUUCUACCUGAUUUGCCGCAGGUCCAGAAGACAUAAUAAACUGACAUUAAACUCUUAAGGAAAGUAUCUUCCUGUAAAUGGACAUAAUUGCAAAUCUUGAGACAAGAAGAAGCAAAAAAGUUUCAUUAUUCUCAACACUGGCUUGUACAAGUCAACUCUGUGUAUUUAAAAAUGAAUUUAACCUAGCUGUGAUUUUAUUUUAUUGAUUUUAUGUUCUCUUAUAUUUCCAGAAAACGAGUCUGGUUUUGGUUUAAGACUUUGUUUACUUCACUGUGCAUCAUUACUUUUUUCAGUUUCAGACUUUUUCAUAAUUUCAUGGACAAAUACAGAACACAAAGACAUUUUCUUGUAGAUAUGAUUUAGUAAUGUUUUGUUUUGUCUGUAAGUAAAGUGUCCUUGUAUUUGAAGCACAUAUUUUUUUAAAUAAAAUGCAUUAACUCUAAA